AUGACGAACUACGGCGCGAUUCCGACGUCGUCUCAUGCAUCGCCGGAGUUGGAUCUCGAGUCUAUCUCACAAGAAAACCAAUGUAAGCCAGCCACGCGGCGCCCUUGGAGAGUGAUGUUCGAUUUCCACUCCAUGGGGCUUCCUCGCGGUGUCUCCGAUGUUUUCUCAAGAUACGAUAAGAAUGUUGAGUACUUCCGGUUGAACUACGUGAUCGUGGUCUCGAUCAUCAUAUCGAUCGCCGUCUUCGUUAAUCUUAUAAAAUAUCCGAUCGCGCUCAUCGUCUACACCGUAUGGAUCUUCCUCUGGAUAUGCUAUUUCCUCCGCGACGAGCCUAACAAGUUGUUCGGUUACGCGAUCAACGAUCGUGGGGUCAGCAUUUGUUUAGGUUUGAUAGGCGUGCCUCUCGUCAAGUUGACCAACGAUAUGUACAGCAUAUGUUUGCCGUUGUUUACCGGGAGUGUGCUCGUUUUGAUCCAUUCGGUGGUUAGGAAGACGGAAGAUCUCUUCUUGGACUUGGAUCAAGAGGAGGCGACGACUGAGACUUCUUCUUAG